AUGGAGGCCACUAAAACUCUCUUUCUCAUCAUCACUCUCAACUUCUUCUGUUCUUGCAUAGAAGCCAAAUCUUUCGGCUUGAGUGUCGACUUGAUCCACCGCGAUUCCCAGUUUUCGCCAUACUUCAAUCCAUCAAACACUCACUAUGAAAAUCUCCGAAACUCAAUUCGCCAUGCAAAGGCUCGAUCAACUUACUUGUACACACCCAAACUCUCUUCAUCCAAACAAACAAUACAAUCUCCCCUCACCCCCGUCCCCUCCACGUACCUCAUGAAAAUCUCCGUCGGUACUCCACCGCUAGACCUCCUCGCAGUGGCGGAUACCAGCAGCGCUUUGGUCUGGACGCAAUGCAAGCCAUGCAUAAGAUGUUACAAGCAAGACAGCCCUUUAUUCGACCCGAGUAAUUCUUCGACUUACGAAACCCAAUCGUGCCAAUCGAAAGCUUGCGAAUCUUAUCCGCAAACUUCUUGUGUCCAAAGCAAGUGUGGGUACGAGGCCUCGUACGGAGACAAGUCAUUUAGUAGGGGCGAUCUUUCUUCGGAGUCAUUCACAUUCGAAUCAACUUCGGGCAAUUCGGUCACUCUGCCGAAUAUUACAUUCGGCUGUGGCCACACAAAUGGUGGCACAUUCGGCAAAUUCACAACCGGCAUUGUCGGCCUCGGCAAUGGCAAGCUGUCACUCGUCAAUCAGUUGAGCGACACAAUAACCACAAAAUUUUCAUAUUGUCUUGUGCCGUUGGGCGCAAACGUGACUAGCAAAGUCAGUUUCGGAAGCAAUGCAGUUGUGUCGGGACCCGGAGUCGUCUCGACUCCGUUUUACACCAAAGAUCCCGACACAUUUUACUAUCUCAACCUCCAGAGCAUUAGUGUCGGAAAUGCAUAUAUAAAAUACGAGUCGAAUAUUUAUUCGAAUAAACUUAACGCGGAUGAAGGCAACAUAAUCAUCGAUUCGGGUACUACACUAUCCUUCCUCCCAAGCGAUUUCUACCAAAAAAUCGAAGACGAAUUCAAGGCUAGUAUAUCUUCUCCACCGCUAAAGCCGCCACAAGGAGACUUGAGCGACUUCAGCUUGUGUUACAAGAAGGAUCAAGGAUUCGAAAAGGAGGUGCCGACUGUUACGCUUCAUUUUAGCGGAGCUGAUGUCGAAUUGGAUGCAUCAAACACCAUCCUAGAAGUCGCAGAGGGUGUUGGUUGCCUCUCUUUGCUACCAGCACGUACAGCUCGGGGCCCUGUAUUCGGAAACUUGCUGCAGAUGAAUCAUUUGGUUGGUUUUGACUUGGUUAGUAAGACCGUGUCCUUUAAGAAAUCUGAUUGCACGGUGCAGUAG